CGCGUGUACGUGUCGAUAUCAUCUGUGACAAAGGUCACAUUUUCCAGAGUGACAACCACCGGCAUAAGGUGUCGAAUACAGCGCACUAGAUCUUUGAACGAACGAAGCUGCACAUGGUGAAGGAAUAGUUGAGGCUUAUUGCGGAACGUUGACAUUGGUAGACUCCUGGGCAAGGAUAGGAAAGGAAGGGACUGGCUUCUCGUAAGGGUCGGGGACGCUCCGUUUUCCGAAGGCCCACUGGUUAUCGCGCUAAUACUGACCGUCUCUGGCAGACAAUCACCGCAUAGAGCGAGAAAAUGGUAUUUUUCCGGAGCGCAGUGCAUGGUCUGCGCGUCCCCGACAAGUUUGAGGGUUUUCAGACAGUCCUUUACGCUGGGUAUUCCGGGGACGCCGUCGGUACGCAGGAAGAGUAUGAGCCGCGUGACAUCCUCCGCGCUCUUCAAAGUGAGGGCCCCGAACAGACCAGGCCUUAUGAGCCGUGCCCAGUGACUACAGGUCGACGCGUAAGCAGCGAGACCUUCCUUGCUGUCCGGGAAGAAGAUCCGAUGGUCG